AUGGCAACUCAACCACCAAUACAAUUCCACCGGUACACUCAAUCGGACGCCCUACAACUCUUUCCAGCACUCCUAGCGCCGCAUCUUCCACUCAGCAAUCCAAUAUACAACAGACUCCAAUCCCCGUUAAACACACCAUCAAGACACUGUCUCUUCGCCGCUUCUUUCCCUCCCGAAUCACUUCCCUCAUCCCUCAAACCCUCAUCACAGGAAAACAACGACAACUCCCCAGCAUCACCGUCUUCAGAACCCUUCACAAUCCUCUUCACCGACCGCUCCCGCACCACCGAAUCCCAAAUUUGGCUCUUCUCCUCCCUCUUAACCCACUCCACCCUGACAUCCUCACAAACCCUCACCCUAAAAUCCCAGAUCAAAUCAGCCAUCUCCUUCAUUCUCACAACCGCCAUCCCAGAAGCGCCCGGCUGGCCUUUCAGUCCCAUCCUCCGCUUCGCAGCCGUCCACGAACCCAUCGCCAAACUCAUCCAACAGAUUUACGGCGACGCAGUGGAAUACCUAACAUGGUGGAACGUCUGGGUGUUAUCCAUCCACACCCUCAAACCCACGGCGGUAAGAGGAAGUCUUCCGGAGGGAUAUACCACCUCCCGUGUCCCGGAGUCACAGAUCCAUAAAGUCGUCUCUACGAGCUCCAUCCCGCGGAACCCGGAGACGCUGAAACGCCAGGCUAACAUCUGUAUUCUGGACCCUGAGAAGGAGAUGGUGGCGUGGGCGUAUAUUGGUGUUGAUGGCUCGCUUGCUACGUUAUACGUCGAACCCGCGUAUAGGGGGAUGGGGUUUGCGAAGGUCGUGGCUAGGGGUCUUUUGAGAGGGGCUGAGGGUGGGAUGUUUGCGGAUCUGGGGGUUAGGGGGAGUGGGUGGUGUCAUGCUGAUGUUGGGGAGGGUAAUGGGGGGAGUGAGGGGGUGAUGGGGGGGUUGGGGGCGAGGGUUGGGUGGAGGUGUGCGUAUUUGAGGGUUAAUGGGGAGUUGGUCAAGGAUUGA